AUGACAUACGAUACCGUCAGCCAGUCCAUGGAACGUACCAAUGGGAAAGCGAUGGAACAGCGGGAUAAUGGGAUGGCGGCAACGACGGUGAAUGAACAUCAGAUCGGCCAUAACACAGUGGAAAAUGCUCACAACAGCACCACCGCCCCCAGCGCUGGUAACAACACAUCGGCUAUGCUGGGUAGUUUCCCCGUGGAUAAGCUUGCCUCCUUAAAUGCGAAAAUUUCCAACUCGAGAUGGGUGGUCCCGGUGCUACCGUCGCAGGAAUUGGAUUGUUUGCUGGACGCAGCGAUUCAGCUCUCCACCCUGGGUAUCGAUGGCGAUUGCGAGCCGUGCGUGCGUUUCUAUCAGAACGAAUUAGCCAUAUCGUUCAUCAACAUUCUGACCGAUGAGGCCGUCAUGUCGUGGAAGAACAACAUUCACGUGUGCAUUUUCAAGUCGUGCUGCAAGUUUUUGCUGCUGGCCUCGUUACACAUGGAGCGUGAUAAUCAACCGUUGCUGGAACUACUGGCGAUUGUGUUCGAUCCGGAGAACAAGUUCCAUAUGCACAAUAUCGCAAGGCAGCCGGAAAACAUGAACACACCGCCCCCACCGCCUCCACCACCGGUACCGACAGCAACGUCGCUGGCCAAUCCGGUUACGUCGUCCACUUCAUCCUCCUCCUCAUCGUCCUCGUCGUCCUUGCCCGAUAGCAGCGAAAGCAGCACCACUACCAGCAGCGCUAAUGCACCGACCGUAUCGACAAAGCAGGCACAGGAUGAGGUUGCAAUAGUGUGCUAUGCGAAACAACCAGUUGAAACGAAAAAUCCCCGCGGAUGGUUAUUCAACUUUAUCAACCAAUUCGGCGUUUACAAUGGGUUUGAAAAUUUCCUGAAACGCAUGACGGUCGCAAUUGAGCAACAUCAGCAAGUGAGUGCGAGUGAUGAAAAAAUGGAUAAGGGACGUGACGCUAGUGGUGGUGGUGGGGAAAAGUGCAAAGGAAAAAUUUCAUUGCAGCUGCUGCAUGCGUUGCUGCGUCCGUUUGGGCUGUGCGCCGAGUAUCUUACCGUCGAUACGAUCGAGCGGUACCUCCUGCCCGGCUGCCGGUUUGUGUUAACUGUGCUUGAGAGUCUCUCCGAUGCAGAGCUGAAGCGCGAGGUAGUGUUCGAGGGCAAGAAUGAUUUUAUCACCGGUAUUGUGAAGUUUGCUCGUGCCUUGUUAACGCGUGUGCCCGGGCAGGAGAGUCUGUUGAACGAGCUGGAGAUGGCCCGGCUAAAGAUCAUACUACGUGUGCUGCAGAUAUCGAGCUUCAAUGGGAAAAUGAAUGCACUGAACGAAAUCAAUCGUGUGCUGAGCUACGUUUCAAUAUAUCCUCACCGAGGUUUGAUUGCGGAAGAGGAAGGCGAUUUUCUCAGUGCGAACAGGAUGGCAAUGUGGAUUCGAACCAACCGAGUAUUGGCGAUAGUGUUAAGAGACUCCUUGCAUCAAUCGCAAUACGUUGAGAAGCUGGAAAAGAUACUACGCUUCCUGAUCAAGGAAAAGGCGCUCACGUUUGACGAUCUUGAUGCAGUGUGGAAUGCGCAGGAGGGCAAACAUGAGGCGAUUGCGAAGAACGUGCACGAUUUGCUGGCCAAACUCGCCUGGGAUUUCAGUGCAGAUCAAUUGGAUUAUCUUUUUCGGUGCUUUCAGACAAGCAUGCAGAAAUCGGCCAGCCGCAAACAACGCGAACGCUUGUUGGAACUGAACCGUCGCCUGGCAGAAGACGACAAGAACGGGAUGAUGGCGCAAAAGGUGUUAAACAUGUUCUGGAAUCUAGCCCAUAGUACCGACACGCCACUGGAAGUGCUUGAGCAGGCAUUGCAAUCACAUGUGAAGAUCCUUGAUUACAGCUGCUCACAGGAACGGGAUGCACAGAAGGGCAUUUGGCUGGUGAAGUGCGUGGAGGAGUUGAAGGGACGGGACGAGUGGGUGUUACCGGCUUUGCGAUUGAUCCGGGAUAUUUGUUCGCUGUACGACACCACCCCAAACCAUACACCCCGAAUACAGCACACAAUGAAUCGGCAGAAAAUUAUCGAUCAAUUGCAAAAUGAUCAUAAGCUAGUAAUUCUGGUAACAAACAGCUUGACUUGCUAUAUGAACCGUGUGCGUAUACUGGUGGCGGCUGAUCCAACAUUAAAACCGACUAAGCUGCGUCUCGAUAAUCGAUAUCCCCAUCCGCAACAGAUUCAGGAGCGGUUAGAUUUUUUAAAGUUUCUCCUCAAAGAUGGACACCUAUGGCUGUGUGCGGAUCAGGCGAAGCAAAUUUGGAACUCACUGGCGGUGAAUGCAGCGUUCGACAGCGAUCGUGAGGAAUGCUUUCGCUGGUUUAGCAAAUUGAUGGGUGAAAAUCCAGACCUCGACCCGGGCAUCAAUCGUGAUUUCUUCGAAAACAAUCUGCUGAAGUUGGAUCCGGUACUACUUACAGAUAACGGAAUUCGAUGCUUUGAGCGUUUCUUUCGGGCAGUCAACACAAAAGAAGAGCGAAUUAUUUCGGCAAAACAUCACCAUCAUCGCAGUGCGUAUGUGCUCUACAACAAUGGUGAGGAUCUGAUCGGGAAGGAUUAUUUGUGGCGUGUGAUCACGGCCGGGCAGGAACCGAUUGCUAAUCGAGCGAUAAGCAUUCUGAAUGAGAUGAUGACGGUGGGCCCCAGACAGUUGGCCGACAUGAAACCCUACCACGAAGCGUUCAUUGAAGAAUGUUGCGAAAAGUUAAGGGCCAUGUUCCAGAGUAUGGAAAUGCUGUUACGCGAGUUUCCUUCUCCAAAGUCGGCGUCGAAGAAAGGGCAGGAAAAAGAGGUGAAUCUCUCCGCACCGUCCGCUGGUGGAGAGCUGAGCACAGAUCGGAUGAUUGGCGAAGAUGAUAGUAAUGGUGGAAUUAAUGGAGAUGUAGAGCGUAAAAAAAUGCUGCUUGUCGAUCAAAUGUGCCGUAUGAUUCGAACGCUCCAAGAAUACAUCCGUGAGUGUGAUCGGAAGUUUCCUGGAGAUAGGUUUGCGCUUCCCCUGUGUCACGCCGUACGUGGGAGACACAUUGAGUUGAUAAUCAAAUUUCAAACCCCCGGCCGGCAGCUUGACGACAUAGAGAUGAUGAGCCACAGCAACGAGACGAUGCAUUCGUUCAAGCGUAAUCUGUUGAGGCGUAUCAAGGUGCUAAAGGCAAACGAAAUCCGCGUCGAUCUGUACGAUAAUGGCACGAACGAACUUGUGAUGGUACCGGAUGAGCAACAAACGUUAGCCUUUUAUGGGAUACGGGACAAGAUGUCACUCAUUGCGAAACUUACCCCUGUGUCGUCCGGUUUAAUGGCAGCCGGUUCACCGGACAGUUCGAGUGAGAGUAGCUCCGGAUCACCGCCACGGAACUAUGUAGAUUCCAUCAAGCAGACUUACCAUCAGCAACAACACGGCCAUAAUUACCCCCAUCAGCAACAAACGAUGAUGCAGCAGCAUCCAAGUUAUUUGCACGGCCAGCAUCAAAAUACAAUUUCAACGCAGCCCUACCAGCAACACCAUUCUCGGCAUUUCCUGCAAUCUGGGUCAGAAUCGGAAGACACAUUACCCGGGGUGUUGAUUUCGCAGAAGCCUCAGUACGCAAACUUCUUCCUGCAGGUUUAUCAACUGGCCAAUGCACUGGAACACGAUCGCUUGCGUGAUAGUGUACGAUCGCUGCUUCAUCUGCUUCCGCUGGAUCGUCUAACAGUGGGUAACUUGUAUGAUGUGUUCAACACUUCCCAAGCUGCAAUAGAAGACGUUCGAAAGGCUGCGAUGGAUGCAUAUAUGACCACUCUGGGUACUGGUACUGGUGUAGAGCAAGACACGGUCGGUUCUGGUGGUGUGGCAAGAGAGAACGAAGCGGAGAUAAGGGCUGUGAUGGACGCGGCAGAAUCAGAGUCAUUGGAAACCUUUAAAUCGUUGUUUCUGACUCCACCGCCAAUUCAAAUCCUGUACAAUCUGGAAAUCCUGGAGGCAAUGCUGCUUCCCGCCAGUAUUAAUCCUUUGCCAGUGCCAGCACACCCAAACACGGUCGCCGCAACAACCAACAGCAGUGUGAAGGAUUUCGGUGGAUUGGGAAACGACGUAACAAUUGGAGACAAUGCAACUGCAUUAGGAUCUGUGUUGGAGUUUCAGUAUGCAUGGUUUAAUUGUGGAGCAGCUGAUUUUAUCUUAGGAUUGUUGUCGGAGGAAAACUUUCUCGCCGGUGCGGAUAGACAUACGAAACGGGCGUGUUAUCGAUGUAUUAUGCGGCUCGUGAAGUUUUACUUUUUAACCGUAGGCUAUAUCGUACCGCCACCCACCCUUUACGAUCAAAUGUGUCAGUUUGAUCUGUUUCAUGCCCAGUUGAGACGGUACACGCCACUGCACAAUAUGCUUCGCGGUGGAUUGCGUUGUGAAAACACGCUUAAUGGCUUUGCGAAGCGACUUGCCUCGCACGUUUUGCAGCUGGACAUGCGUCCGAGUAUGGUUGAUAGCCAGGAUCUGGUUGCUUCAUUGUACCGCGGCGAAUGGACGUUUCCGGCUGUACGUACGAUAAAAGCAAUCAUGGAGGUGGCGUUGAGAGUUUCCAAGGAUUGGGAGCCGGUGUCGUGGGAUUCUUUAAAGGAACGCGCUUUUACCUCACGUUAUGGCUCAGUUGAUGGUGGAAAUACCGAUCAGACAGCAAAUGAUAUUGUUGCCGAUGGUGAAAGCAAGGAUGCUUCCUGUGAAAAUACAGCGGAAGAAGUUAGCGUCACAAGUAAGCGUAGAUAUAGUACGAGCAGCAUAGGCAGCAACUGCAGUAGUGGAAGCGAUAGUAGCUCGAGCAGUUGCUGCAACAGUAGCAGCAGUAAUUCAGUUGGUCUCGGAGUUUCAAUGCAGCAACAGCAACACCCUCAUCACCAACAGCAACAGCAGCAUUCACAUCAACAACAACGCCACCAUAACCACCGAGAUCAUGACCUUCAGCUGGUAGGCAUCGUAGACCGCAGUCAUGAUUACGAGGUGCUUCAUGUUGCUCUGGAAGUGAUGGGACUAUCCCUGACGCUACAUUCAGAUGCAGUUAAAGCGCUUAACAAAGAGGACGGUCUGUGGGAUAGCUUCCUUGGGUCAUUGCUAUUGUUAAAUCCGUCCUCCAAAAUGCGAACGUUGGCGCGGGAACAGUUGCUAGCAAUGCUAUCGGGCGAAGUGUCGGAUGAGCUGCUACAAUCCAUUGUGUGUGUGCUGUACAGUAUCUGGCGCAAAGUGAAUCAUCGGACAGAAACGUGUGCGGAUUAUCUACAAUUGUUUGCACAGCUGUUACAGUCCAAGGAACGCAACGAAGCAACCCCUAUCGAUGUCGAGGAGCUGCUGCAGACGGAGAUCAAAUGGCUCUAUUGGGUGCGGGACAAUGUAGUUGAACAUGGUAAAACGCUUGUGCACGAGGACAUUUUGGAAGGACAUUUGUGUCUAACCAGAUCGCUUGUGUUUCACAUGAAACCAGCGGAAAAGCGUCGUUUGAAUGCAUUGUUGGUGGAUCUAGUGAAAGAGUUUGUCUUCAAUGCAUCAUUCCAGUAUAUUUAUUAUCGUCACCGUAAGGAGAUACAUUUUCAGUUACCUCCGCCGGUGUGUCGUACUCCAAGAACUAUUUCCGCUGCAAUGGACCUGAUCGUGGCGCUUAGUCACAAUUCAGUUGAGCUGACGACCACCAUUUCUAUGAUGUUGAAUGAUAUGUUUUUUGAAGACAUAGAACCGAUCCGCGAAUGGGAAUAUUUGCCACCGGAUGCGCCCCGUGCGCUUCAUGGAUUUUGUGGGUUAAAGAAUGCAGGUGCUACGUGCUAUAUGAAUUCAGUUUUGCAGCAACUUUAUAUGGUUCCGGCACUGAGAAACGGUAUCGUACGGAUUCAUCGAGCAGCCAUUGAUCAUAGGGAAGAUUUCAACGAAGAUCCAGAUGGGCAAUCUUUGCUCGGUAUCCAAAAGGAAGAUGAUGGAGGAAAAAACUAUCACAUAGGGAUACUGAAGUAUGUGAUGGUCAUAUUCAGCUAUCUUGGUCAUAGCGCUUUACAGUAUUAUGUACCUCGGGGAUUGUGGAGACAUUUCAAACUGCAAGGAGAACCAGUAAAUCUGCGUGAACAGCAGGAUGCCGUUGAAUUUUUUAUGUCCCUUUUUGAAAGCAUUGACGAAGGUCUAAAAGCCCUGAACUGCGAACAAUUAAUGUCUGCCACCCUGGGUGGAUGUUUUAGCGAUCAGAAAAUAUGUCAAGACUGUCCGCACCGGUACAGCAAGGACGAACCAUUUAGUGUACUUAGUGUUGAUAUUAGAAAUCAUAGCUCCCUAACGGAUUCGCUGGAGCAGUAUGUUCGUGGUGAAAUACUAGAAGGUGCCGAUGCGUACCACUGUGAUAAAUGUGAUGAAAAGGUCGUUACAGUGAAACGGCUGUGCGUUAGCAAACUGCCGCCCGUACUAGCAAUACAGCUAAAACGUUUCGAAUAUGAUUAUGAACGCGUAUGCGCCAUCAAAUAUAACGAUUAUUUCGAAUUUCCUCGCGUGUUGGACAUGGAACCUUACACGGUAUCUGGCUUGGCGAAACUGGAAGGCGAGGUUAUUAAUGUAGAGCCAAAGCAAGAGGAGCAAGGAUCUACGCGUUACCAGCUGACCGGAAUCGUGGUACACAGCGGUCAGGCUUCCGGUGGUCAUUAUUAUAGCUACAUUCUGCACAAGAAUUACGCCACUGGCCAAAAGAAGUGGUACAAAUUUGAUGACGGCGAGGUAACGGAAUGCAAGAUGGAUGAUGAUGAAGAGAUGAAAACGCAAUGCUUCGGUGGUGACUAUAUGGGUGAGGUAUAUGACAACAAUCUAAAACGCAUGCAGUACCGCAGACAGAAACGAUGGUGGAACGCAUACAUGCUGUUCUACACCCGCAACGAUGUUUACUAUGCGAAACCACCUAAGAAUGCUUUCUGGUGGCGGCUGAGCUCUGUUCCGCAAACAUCACAUAUCAGAGCCCAAAGCAAGUCUAUAGUCGAGAGUCUAUCGUUGGCGCAGAGCGAACACUAUUAUUUCCACAUGGAGCCGAACGUCGAACGUUGCAUACGGAUCCAAAACAUUCGAUAUUUGCACUCUAGAAUGCUGUUUUCGACAGAGUUUUUCACAUUUAUGAAAAAACUGACAGAAUUCCCAAUUAAACCAAAGAAUAAAGUACCAGUGUGGUUACUUCUGAAAGGAUUAGAGGAUGUUUGUUUGCUGAAAGUCCGGUUGGCAUCCAAGUUUCUGUUCCACACGGGUUUUAAAACGAAAAAAACCAUUCGUGGGCAAGUAAUGGAUUGGUACGAAAUAUUCCGCGUGCAGCUAGAAGGAGCCGUUUUCAUCCGGAAAUGGUUCGCCGAAAACGUACUGCUGGACUCACCUGGUCGGUUAUGUGAAUAUUUGCUGGCAGCUCCUUUGCCAGAGAUUCGUUCCUGCUUUGCGAAGCUUAUUGUUUCCUUUUGCCAUUAUUCGGCCGAGGACGAGCCGGUGGCAUGCUUUGAGGGCAGUAAUCUGUGCGAGCAAGUGUUGAUUGCGGUGCUUGGCCUGUUAAAAGCUGACGUUCCGGAGCACGGUAAACAUUUGCCUCACUAUUUCAGUCUCUUCUCUAUGUACGCUGGUCUGGGAUAUAGGGAAGAAUGUCAGCUAAUUAAGCUAAACGUGCCAGUGCUGUUCAUGAGAGUGGCAAUGGACGAUGGAACGGGACCGACGAUAAAAUAUCAGUAUCCAGAUUUGAGUAAACUACACCACGUCGUAUCGCACUUGGUUCGUUCGAUGGAUGUGUCGGCACGAUGCCGAAGCGCUAUUAGCGGAACAGCCGUGCUGCCAAACAAAUACAUAAACGACCAUAUAACGAGAAAAAACGCUUUGAUUCCCAUGUCUGAAGAGUGUAUAGACUAUCUUUACACUAGAAAUGGAUACAUUAAACGUUUGCUAGAGGAUGUGCAUGUUGGUGAGGAGGGUUUUAAACUGCUACAGUACUGCUGCUGGGAGAAUCCCCAUUUUUCCGGUAUAAUUCUAAUGGAGCUCCUGUUCCAGUGUGAUUAUGUGUACUGGCAUGACAUGAAGCACUAUACGGAUUUGCUUCUACACAUCUUGCUGAUUGAAGACUCGUGGCAGGGCCAUCGUAUAAUGAACGCAUUGUUGGGUGUCGGACACGAUCGGGAUGGUUUGCUGGAGAUUAUAAGACGCAGCAAAUUAAACUACCAGAAACGUGCCUACCAAUGCAUCAAGUGUAUGGUGCAUCUGUUCUCAAAGAGUCCAGUGGCACUUAAUAAACUGCACACGGAUGCGUCACUCGCAAAACAGUGGACACUAGCUAUCGAAUGGUUGCAGGAGGAAUUGGAAAAGCAUCGUACCACUGGUAACAGCCAAUACAAUUACAAUUCGUGGUCACCGCCUGCGCAAAGUAACGAUAAUACGAACGGAUUUUUGUUGGAAAAGUCGCAAUCCGUUCGAGAUAUUUUACAAAUGGCUUUUGAUUUGUGCCCAGAAGAGAUUCAAGACACUGAAACAAUGGAACAUCAAGUAAUCUGUCAAGAGGACGGUGUAAUCCAACAUGGAGACGAUGCUGAAACAGGAUCGAUACAGGGAGUUGUGAAGGAAGUCGAAAAGACUCAACAAGUUUCGCCUGCAGUGUCCGUAAUGGGUUUAUCUACUGGCACUACUAGUGUCAUGCAUGCCCACCCAGUAUCAUCAACCUCCGGGACCGAGGUAAUGGGAUGCGGUGAUGGUCACAAUGGACCAAGCGUUGAAACAGUUGGUGAUGCGGGUGAUCAGAGCAGAGCGAAAAUAUCCCCAAGUGUGAAACAACUAGUGGGGGUGCUAUCUAACAUUGAUAUUAAUUCCGAUAACUUUUCGGAACAGCAAACGAAAUCAGUGAAACUGGUAACGUCGGCAAACAAUGAAAAUCAGCCACAGUCGACGCUUACGACGACCUCGGUGUCAACGGGAUCUCCUUUGACGCAAUCAGCUCCACCAGCCGCGACAACGCAGCCAACCUCGCAGAGCACUGUGAACAAAAAGGAUCGUCCUGGUCGUUCUGGUGACGGGCAAUCCUGCAGCAGUUAG